UGGUAGUAGUUUGGAACACAGCUCUCACUUUAGAAUACACUUUUAACCUGCGGAAUAGAACAUAGUGCUCUUGCAUUAAUUUAUAGAUGAUAAAAAUCAUUUUUAUUGUCAAAAUCAAGAACAAGUCACAUUAUUUUGUAGACAAAUAAAUAAAUAAAUAAUGGCCGAUGAAGAUUUUGAUGGAGACGAAGUUGCGGAUGAUUUUGAUGAUGUAGACGACGAGGAUAACAUUGAAUUAGAGCCUCAAGAAGAUGAUGGCGAAAACAUUGAAUUAUUGAAUGCUAAUGAAGCUACUGGUGGUGUCCAAAGAUCAAAGAGAAUAACGACAAGAUAUAUGACCAAAUACGAAAGGGCAAGAGUUUUAGGUACAAGAGCAUUGCAAAUAGCAAUGUGUGCUCCUGUUAUGGUAGAAUUAGAAGGAGAGACAGAUCCUUUGCAGAUUGCUAUGAAGGAAUUGAAGCAACGAAAGAUUCCCAUAAUCAUACGUCGCUAUCUGCCUGAUAACAGUUAUGAGGAUUGGGGCAUUGACGAAUUAAUUAUAAUAGAUCAUUAAUCUUGAAUGUAGAAUUUUAUCAUUAUAUUUAUAUUAUGUAUAAAAUUUAUAAUACUUAUAAAUCUUAUAAUACUUUAAAAUCUGACAUUAUCUGACUAUAUCAGUAAUAAAAAUUGUUCAUCUUGCAAA